UGUAAGUUUAAAACAGCAUAACAAUUAAACUAAACGGGUCUCUCGUUGUCAUUGUAAGUUUAACAAAACAAAACGCGUCAUUAAAGUUUUUAAAAAGAAAUAUUUGUUUCGUACCACAUUUUUAAAAUAUAAUAAUUUUAAAUGUCCAACAACACUUUUGCUCAUUAUUAUGCUCUUGUUCAACAAGCAAGUGGAGCAGCUAUGACUGCUGCUAAUAAUCCCGCACUUUAUCUUGCUAGCACCUACAAAUCUGAUAGAGCUUCUGCAACUAGUAACAAUAAUUCUACAACUGUUGCUGCUAUAGAUAGUGAUUGCAUGCCUAGCACUUCCAAAGCUGCCGCUGCAAAAGCAAUUGCGGCCAAAGCUGCUGCUGCUGAAGAGGCUGCUUUAUUUGCUGCUGUUAGUAAUGCCGCCCCUGUUAAUGAUGUUACUCAUACUUCUGCCCGUAAAUGUACUGCUAUGAAGCGUUCCGCUGCGAUCGUUAAUGACACUAUAGGUUCUGGAGCUGCAAAACGUUCUACUGCUGAAAUUGUUGCUUAUAAUCACAGUGCUGCCUACAAUGCUAACUCUGAUUAUAACUACACUGCUGCUCAUAACAACACUGCUGCUCAUAACAACACUGCUGCUCAUAACAACACUGCUGCUCAUAACAACACUGCUGCUCAUAACAACAUUGCUGCUCAUAACAACAUUGCUGCUCACAACAACACUGCUGCUCAUAACAACACUGCUGCGCAUAACAACACUGCUGCUUAUAACAACGCUGCUGCUCAUAACAAUACUGCUGCUGAUAACAACGCUGCUGCUUUUAACAAUAUACCUGCUUAUAACAACAAUGUCGUUUACAACAACAGUGCUGCUUAUAACAAUAUUGCUACUUACAACAACAGUGCUGCUUAUAACAACAGUGCUGCUUUUAAUAACAUUGCUGCCUAUAACAACAGUGCUGCUUUUAAUAACAUUGCUGCUUUUAACAACAGUGCUGCUUAUAACAACAAUGUCGCUUACAACAACAAUGCCGCUUAUAAUAAUCCUAAUGCUUAUGUUGAUGCUUAUCGCGCUGCUAUUUGUAACACUUCUGCUUAUUACAAUGCUGUUUAUAAUGCUGUUGCAAAUGAUUCUGAGCUGCGUCGUAGAUUUGCUGCUAACAGCACUCCUGCUUUCAAUGCUUCUGCAUUCGGUGCAGCUGCUCAUAACCAUAACAUAUUUGGCGCUGCUACCAGCAAUGCUCCUGUUAAUAGUAUUAUGGAUAAUACUAACUCUGCUGCAUAUCGCAUAGCCGAUGAUUACCGCUUCGCUGCUUUUAAUGCUGCCGCUUUUUGUGCUGCUACUGUUUACGGUGCCGCUAGUAACAGCGCUGUUGGUAACCAUAUUCCUGAUAAUACUCCUCAUGAAAAAAUUGUGGCUGCAAAUAAUAUAGCUGCUUUUCUUGCUGCUGCUAAUAGCGCUGCUUCUAAUAGUGCUGCUUCUAAAAGCGCUGCUUCUAAAAGCGCUGCUUCUAAAAGCGCUGCUUCUAAAAGCGCUGCUUCUAAAAGCGCUGCUUCUAAUAGCGCUGCUUUUAAUAGCGCUGCUUCUACUAGCGCUGCUUCUAAUAGCGCUGAUUCUAAUACAGUUGCUGCUUUUCUUGCCGCUUUUUGUAGUCCUGUUACUAAUGCCGCUAUUCGCAAUAUUAAUGCAAAUAGUACAGCUGCUAAUACUACUGCUGCUCGUAAUGUUGCUGCUGCUAAUAGUGCUACUGCUAAUAGUCUUGGUUCUAAUAGUGCUGCUGCUAGUUCUACAGCUGCACAUAACGCUGCUGCUCAUAGCACUGCUGUUUAUAGUGCUCCUGCUGGUUGCCCUUCUGAUUAUAGUGCUGCUACAAACAGUGUUGCUAAUACUACUAAUGGUAAUAGUACUGCCGUGCAUCCCGCUGUUGCAUACAACUUUCCUCCUUAUAAUGCAACUGCGUACUGUCCCCGGGAUUAUAGUGUUUGUACUAAUACCGCUGCUGUAAAGAGUACCUCUGUUAAUAGUACUGCUGUAGACUAUUCUACUGCCUAUGACACUUCCACCAUCACUCAUGCUGCGAAUAGAGCUGUUUUUGAUAGUAUUACCGCACAAAAUACUCCUCCUAACGGUGCUGCUAUUAAUAUUACAGCUGCUAAUGGUGCUGCAGGUAAAAGUAUUACAACUUAUACCCCUUCUGUUAAUAAUAUUGCUGUAAAGCGUACUGUUGCUAAUAGAACUGUUGCUAAUAGAACUGUUGCUAAUAGACCUGUUGCUAAUAGAACUGUUGCUAAUAGAACUGUUGCUAAUAGAACUGUUGCUAAUAAUGCUGUUGUUUAUUCUGUUGCCUCACGCAACAUUGAUACAUACAAUGCUGCUAUUCAUAGUACUGCUGCUAACAAUAUUGGUACUAAUACUGGAGCUCCCAAUAAAGCUAUUAUUAACAGCGUUGUUGUUAAUAGAAUUGUGACUAACAAUACUCCUGGUUGUGAUACUACUCACAGUGCUGCUGCUUAUAGUGUACCUGUAACUAAUAUAGGUCCAAAUAAUAACGUCAUUGUUAACGAUAAUGCUGCUAUUCAUAGUCCUGCUGUUAAUGCUGCUGGUACCAAUAGGGUUGCUUUUAUUAGCACUACUGCUAAUAGUGCUGCUGCUAAUAGUGCUACUGUUAAUAACACUGCUGCUAAUAGUGCUGCUGCUAAUAACACUGCUGCUAAUAACAUUGCUGCAAAUAGCAAUGCAGUUAAAAAUCGUGUUUCUCUUAGUGCAGCUGUCCGCAGUCCUGUUGUUUAUGAUGCUGCUAAGAAUAGCGCUGCUAUAAUUAAUAUUUUCGCUAACAAUGCUUUGGAAAACAGAGUUGCUGCUAAAAAUCCUACUCCUAAUAAUAGUGCUGUUCGUAAUACUGCUCACAAUAGCGCCGUUGUUAAUAAUAUUGCUACGAAUGGUACUUCUGACAAAAGUAAUGCUAAUAGUGUUGUUGAUUCCAGUGCUACUCCAACCAAAAGGACUGUAGUUCCUAAUAUUGCUACAAGUAAUAUUCCUGCUGAUAGUACUACUGCUUAUAGCGGUUCUUUUUUUGGCGAUGCUACUAGUACUAUUGCAACCAAUAGAGCUGGUAAGAAUGAUGCUAUUGUUUAUAGUGUUGAAGCUUGUAGCACUACUGGUAAUAGUAGUGAUGGUAAUGGUACUGAUGUCUGUAAUACUGCUGCUGAACAUAGCAUUACUACUACUAGUUCACCUGAUAAUAGAGUCGCUGCUAACGAAGAUUUUAAAGAUACUAAAUACAAUACUAUAGUUAAUAGCACUACCGUUAAUAAUAGUGCUACUAAUAGUAUUGCUGUAAAUAGUACUGUUACUGAUAGCAUUACUAUUCAUGGAGUUCCUAAUAAUAAAGCUGUACCAAAAAAAAUUGCUAUUAUAGAAGGUGUUGUUAAUAAUACUGUUGGCAUCAGUACUGCUGCUAAUAGUGCUGGUAUAUAUAAUGCUGCUGCUUACAAGGCUGCUGUAAAUAGUGUUGCUGCUACUAGUAUUUCCGGUAAUAAUGCUGCUGCUAAAAGUACUACUGGCUAUGGUACCUCUGUUUAUUCUGCAGAUACUUAUAACGCUGCAACCAAUGGAGUUGUUAAUAAAGAAGGUUUUGUUAAAAGUGUUGCUACAAACAGUGUCGCUAGUAUUAGUACUACUGCUAAUAGUGCUGCUGUUUAUUCCGCUGAUGGGUUUGAUGCUGAAUUUGAUGCUGAAUUUAACGCUGAAUUUGCUGCUCAAUUUGAUGCUGAAUUUUAUGCUGAUUUUGAUGCUGAAUUUGAUGCUAAUUUUGAUGCUAAAUUUGAUUCUGUUAGUAACAGCACUGCUGAUUACGACGUUGCUGUCAAUAGAGCUACAACUAAUGGAAUUGCUACCAAUAAAGUUGCUACGAAAAGAACUGCAACUGAUAGUCUUGGUAAAAGUGUUGCUGUUAACACGAUCGCUGUUAAUAGUUCAACAUCUAAUUAUGUAGGUGCUUAUAGCGCUUCUGCUUACAGCGCUGCCGUUUAUAGCGCUGCUAUCAAUUUUAUUAAGGCUGAAAACGUUGCUGAUAAUAGUGCUGCAGCUUUUGGUUUUGCCGCUUUUCAUGCUGCUAUUGAAAACUCUGUUAUAAGCUGCACUGCUGUUGAAAGCUUAGCAAUUUUUGAUGAUAAAACAAUAAUGAAUAAAAUAAAAGCUAACAUAUUUGAACCAUUAAUUGAAAAGGAAAAGUAUUAUGUUUUAAGAGGAUUUCCUAAUAAAAAUCCAUUUUGUAUGCAUUUACAAUUUCAGAAAGGAAAUGUCAUUAUAUCUCGAGUCUUCACAAGUGAACAUGAUGGUGCAAAGACUCGAGAAAUUUAUGUUACAAAAACAAAAACGACAUUAACUCCAUAUAAAAUAAUUUAUGGACCAGCUAUAAUGAUAGACUGCAUGAGCAAAUUGGAGGAAUGUAAACGGAUAUUAGAAAAAGGGAGUAUUAAAAGAAAACAAAGCGAAAUUAUACAAAUGGGUGACCUAAAGAAUAGAUGGGCAAUAGUUAUGUAUCAGACAAAUUUUAAGGAUACUGGAAUAUCAUUUGCUGUCAUCAAUGCUAAAGAUUUAAUAUUCGCUAGUAAUGUGGAGGAAAAGAAAAUAAUUUUGGAAGAAGUAUUUGUGCGUGAUAACCGUUUUCUUCGACCUGGUUACAUUCUUAAAUCUGUUAAUAAUUACAAGGAUGCAUUAAAAGAAUUAAAAAAAGUAGAAAUAGCAUGCUUACAAAAAAUGUUCGAUCUUGAUGUUCCACGCAUCAAAGAAGAAAUUCCAUCCGUAAAAGAAUGGGUGCUUGUACAUUACUUGACCACAAAAAAUGAAGUACAUUUUGUGAUUUUUAAUAAGGAUCAAACUAUUUUCACUCCUCCGGAUGUAUAUGAUAAUCUUCUAUGCUUUGUAUCACAUAGUGCCUUACUUUACCAGGCUUCGAUAAUUAUGAAAACGUGUAACUUUCUUCAACUGCGGACUGCUUUUAAAAAAAUCCGAACAUUUCUAAGCGACGAUUAUUUACAAUAUAAAAACUAUGUAAAAGGUAUGGAAAAAUUACUUGUAAGUAAAUUUGAACAGUAUCGCAGUGGCUUGCAGGAACAGAUCAAGAAAUUAGAGUUCUAAUAAGCCAAGGAAAUUUGUGAGAACAAAUAUCUUUUAAUUUGAAGAUAUGGUUGAUAAGAGAAAUCAAUGUUGUGAAAACUGAAUGUCCUCAAUAAUAAAAUACUCGUAAUAAUAAAUUUAUACUUAGGUAUAUACGUACGUCUAUGUUAAUAUGAUCGU